AUGGGUCUCGUCUCCCGACUGAUGCCCGCCCUGCUCUGCCUGCUGGCGUGUGCCAGCCACUCUGUCCACAGACGCAGAUGCGAUAAGGCCUUAGUAGAGAUCAUCAAAACUCUGAACAUCCUCACAGCGAGCAAGACUCUGUGCACCGAGGUGACCGUAGCAGACAUCUUUGCCGCAUCCAAGAACACAACCGAGAAGGAAACCUACUGCAGGGCUGCGGCUGUGCUUCAACCGUUCUAUGGCCACCAUGGGUGUCUCACAGAACCCAAAGUGGCCCGACUCCUGAGAGGACUCAACAGGAACCUCCACUGCCUGGCCCGCUCGACCAACUGUUCUGUGCAUGAAACGAAGCAGAGUACGCUGAAAGACUUCUUGGAAAAGUUAAAGAUGAUCAUGAAAGAGAAAUAUUGGAGGAGUUGGAGCUGA